UUUUCCGUAGAGCUGGAGACAUUCACUUUAUGCAAGCCUCCACCUGACCUGACGCCUGUGCACCGCUCAGCACUGAGAAGAAGCAGCACCUGAGUCCCACAGGAAUUUGUUACGUGACACCAGAAGAACAGGUGUAACAGGAACCAUGUCUGCUGUCUACCUUCUCCUCCUGCUGGUCCCCACAAUCUCGGCUCAGACUUUUCGCUUUGGUGCCUGCCCUACUCCGAAGGUGCAGUCUAACUUCAGCCUUCAGCUGUACCUGGAUAAGUGGUAUGAGAUUGAGAAGCUGCCUGCUUCUUUUGCCAGAGGACAGUGCAUUGAAGCGAAUUAUUCCGUAAGGAAAGAUGGGACCAUCCGAGUCUUGAACUCUCAGGUUUUGGGUGGUAAAAGGGAGUUUUUAGAAGGGACAGCUGUGGUUCCAGACCGACAAGAACCAGCUAAGCUUGGAGUUUCCUUCUCAUAUUUUACACCCUAUGGCCCAUACUGGGUGCUGGAGACAAACUACACCAACUACACCAUUGUGUACUCCUGCACAGACAUUCUGCGCAUAUUCCACGUUUACUACGCCUGGAUUCUCGCACGGUCACCCUCCCUGCCUCCAGAGACGGUGCAUUACGCCAAGCAGUUGCUGACUGAUAAAGGAAUCGAUAUUUCCAAGAUGACGCCCACAUAUCAGAGCUGUGGAAAUAUUUAGGAACUGACAGAGAGGUUCAUUCAUUAAAGGGUUUUUCUGUUUGUAGAACUAAUUAUUUAUCCUACCAGCCAUGAAAUCAUAGUACAUCUGUUACAUUGUUGUUUCUUUUUAUUUCAUCAUUGUUUUCAUCAUUUUAAUUUUGUCAUUUGAUUACAAAGUGAAUGGAUUAAAGUAAUAUUUUGAGAUAAAAUUCAUUUGAUAAUUAAAACAUUUAUAUAGUACAUAUUCUUGCAAAGAAUUAAAUACUAAAUCUGUAAAAAAGUGAUUGGUUUGCAUAGUAAUUAGUCAACGAAAAUAGCAACAUCCUUUUUAUAUUCUAUCUAUAGUGCAUCUUUUAUUAUUUACAACAAUGAGCAAAUCAAGCUGUUCUUGGUGAUGGAGGGAAAAAGAAACUGUGGAUCUGUUCUACUUAAAUUAGAGCUGUUUUUUUUUCCCAUUUGAACUGGAAAUAAUCUAUUGAACAUGCAGUCCUGUCUCACAGUGAUGCAAUAAAUGAUUCUAUGUGCAACUUUAAA